AUGAAGAGGAAGGGAGGAGACGGAGAGGGGACGAACAUGGUGUUCGGCAUGAACGAUGCGCGGAGGAAGGCGAGUGGGAGGAUCGAGGUGGAAGAUCUAUGCUCCAAGCUCACGUCUCUGCUUCCCCAAGACUAUCGGCUGGGUGCCUCAGAGGGUCCUCCGGACAUUCCCAGCCAGCUGAUGCAGGCCACCGCCUACAUCGAAGACCUAUACGAGAGAGUCGAAAGGCUGAGGCAGAUGAGAGAUGACAAAACCCAAAGCCGAAGGAUGGCCGGGCGCAGCUGCAGCGGCAGCGUCCUAGACACAGGAGGGGCGGGACCAUCGGGUCCUGGGGACGUAACGGUGCAGCUCGGCGGGGCGGCGCAUUUCGACGUGAGCUUCACGACGGGCUCCGCGGAGAGAGUCGAGAUGCACAGGGUGAUCCGCCUGAUCGAGCAGGAUGGACGCAUGGAGGUCGUCGAGGCGAGCUGGUGCUUCGUCGAUGGUGGCAAGGUUUUCUACACGAUCAAGUGCAUGGCAAUGAGCUCUGAGGCUGUCUUGGAUGCGUCCAUGGCGGCGACAAGGCUCAGGAGGUUGCUGACGGACUCACUUGGUGGCCAUGGUGUCUAA